AUGCUUGGAAUCCUGAAAUGUUUGAACGCUUUCUUUAUUGUCAAGCAGGCACAUCAAAUUCAGAUUAAUGCUUCCACCCCAAAUGACCUUACGGAAGCUAAUGUCCGUAAUAGAUUGAAAUUAGGUGAACCAGCUGAAAGACCAAAUUCUCCUCCAGGUCCGAAGCGUAGUCAAACUCUUCCCGGUACUCCACCGGCUGGAAGCCCUGUUCAACCUCAAGUUCCUGUGUCUCCUGUUUCUCCUAAACAACAACCUCAACCUGACUCAGGAAAUGAUGAAGCUCUCUUAAAACAAGAAUCUGAAAGACGCGCUGCUGAAGACGCUGAAAGACUAGCGCGUGAAAAAGGUGAACGUGAUGCUGUUGCCCAAAGAAAAGUGGCUGAACAAGUUGCUAGGGAGGCCGCUCAAAGGAGAGCUGCUGAAGAGGCUGAAAAAAAGAAACAAGAGGCUGCUGACCAAGAAAGAAGAGAAAAGGCUGCUGCAGAAGCAAAAGCUAAAGCAGAACUUGAACGUAAAAAUCGUGAAGAAGCUGAACGAAAACGUAACGAAGAACUUAGAAAUAAAUUUGCUGAAUUGGAAAAGAGUGGCAAGGUGACUACUAUUUAA